UACAAUUUUACAAGUAAACUUUGUCUGUGAAUUUCACUUUCUCGUGUUCAUGUACAUGCUGUUUAUUAAUUAUUUUUCAGUAUAACUGUAUGACUGCUGGGAUGUGUUUUCCACUUGUGUGAGUGUCGGUAAAUCUGCACAAGCGCUAUAAACCUUUCUCUAGGUUUUGCCCAUUUCUCGAUCUUUUCGUCGCCCUUGUCUGUGUUUUUAAUUUAUUUUUAUUUGUGCUCAGUGUUGUAGAUGAAAUAUUGAAAUAAAAUUGUAUUGUAUACCUGAAUAGACCACUGUAAUAGUUUGUGAUGAAUUUUAAAUCAUGGAGCAUAAAGAGCAGCAGGACGUCGAAUUGGCAUCAACGGUGACUGCUUUAUUGUCUAAAGGUUCUAACACUCUAAAAAAUAACAGUGAAAGGCGUGGAACUAAAUCUAAGAAAUCUCAAUAUGUUGGUUCAUAUGGAGAUAAAGACUUCUAUUCGUCAUCUAAGCUUUUAACUAAAUAUAUCAGAGAUUAUGACAAAAAUCAAGUGUGGGAUCUUGCUAAAGAUUUAACAAAUGCAGCGAAGUCACUUUCUCAUAACGGGGACAAAGAAAAUGAAGCGAAUAAAGAAAUUAAUCUCGCCAAAAAGCUUCUUGGUAAUACAAGAUCCAGUGAGUGUGAUGAUAUUAAGAGUAUGACAACAGAUGAUCUUCUUGCAUCCAAUCCAUACAUCCCCCUUAGUGAAAUCGAUUUGAAUAGUGUAAAACCUGAAAGAGAGAAGACUCGGUCUUUGAAAGUUUAUUCUAGAAUGCCGAAGCACUAUACUCCUCGUUCAAGCACACAAGAAACAGCUUCAAUGGAACACCGAAGUUCCUUGCAUUUUUCUCACAUCGCAUCUAAUCGAAGCAAUACUACUCCAACAACCUCUGAUACAUUAGAAAGUACAAUUCAUGAUGAAUCUGAAUUGAAUUUAUUCAGUUUGAAUGGCACCUCAUAUACUCCGCAUCGAGUUAAAUAUGGCCCAUUAGUAAAAGAAUUCAAACAGGUACCACAAUCAACAGGAAAUGGAUGUAGUUUUUAUAAAGAUCGAGGUGACCAUGUUUGCCAGUCUCCAACACCUACUAAUUUAUUAAUUGAUGAAAGACCUACGAUUGAUUACCCAUAUGCAGUUGAUGCUGGCCGAACACCUUUUCGUACAAGAACGCUUCCAAUUCAUAUCAAUGACUCUAGUUUGGACAAUAGUAGAGAGACACUCUUUAAUAGUGAUAUGUCAUUUGAGGAAACCCUAACAAGCAAGACUUUAGCGAAGAGUCUAGGCUCUUCGAGUCAUAUUUCAGUUCCCUUUCAUAUAGAAGAUGACUCAUCAGAUAUUAGAGGAUUCAUAGAAGAUUGUUUAGCAGAUGAUAUUACUACAAACCUUAGUACAAAACCUUCUGGUUCUGUCGAAACAUUAAAAAAUAUGAUUUUCACAUUACAGAGUAUUUCUUCUAAUGAUACCUCAAACGACCCCAAUGAGAAUGCUUUUAUAAAUGAUGGUGACAUAGUCAUGGAUGGACAUAGGUCCCUCAGACAAGCUAUGUCACAUUUGUCAAAUUUGAAAGAUUUAACUCGAAGUGGUAACAGUUCCUAG